AUUUCUGGAUGAGUACACCCAGAUAUUGAUCGCUGUGGCUGAUAACGUCGGAAGCAAUCAGCUCCAGAACAUUAGGAAGGGUCUUAGGAGCGAUUCCGUUGUGAUGAUGGGUAAGAACACUAUGAUCAAGCGGAGUAUUCGAGUUCACGCUGAGAAAACGGGAAACACUGCAAUCCUCAACCUCAUCCCUUUGUUGGUUGGAAAUGUUGGACUGAUCUUCACCAAGGGUGAUUUGAAAGAAGUGAGUGAGGAGGUAUCCAAAUACAAGGUUGGUGCUCCUGCUCGUGUUGGGUUGGUUGCCCCAAUUGAUGUUGUGGUCCCUCCAGGAAACACUGGUCUUGACCCAUC